GAGUACCAUCAACUGAGGCCUUUUGUGUGUCACCAUUUCUUGUUAUGCCAACCUCUUACUGUAGUUUUCUAACUGCUUGGGGGACAUUUUUCCUGCCUGUUCUUCUCUACUGAAUAGUCGAGACUUUUUUAGAAAAAAGCAUGAUUUUGGCAGUAGAUCAACUUGUGUAAAUGCUUGCCAAUUUCCUUAUGCAGGCUCACAUGUUAGCUCUUUCUGUUUGGUCGUUGUUGGGUUUCCUUACAGAGCCAGUUAAUGUGUGUAUGUGUCUAUAUGGAGUGGUAGUGACUGGAAGCAGGCAGCAGCAGCACUCCUUGCCAAAGGAGGCCACCUUCUGCAGUGGACUGUGUGUGUGUUUGGAACUUGGAGUCAGAUUCCCCACUUUGGCCACCGGGGCAAGGAUGCUGCUCUUGCCAGGGACCUGUCCCUGUCCCUCUCCCUGGUUCGUGGGUGUAGGCUCCGUUUCUAGGGAGCAGGCCGCGUCUCCAUGGUGACAGGCGGCUCGCAGAGGCUCCGAAGAACCAAAAGGAGCAAGAAAUGCAUCCGUGAGAUGGCGAGGGCAAGACGGGGGACCCACCGAGCCAGGUCCACUGCAGACUUUACCGAGGAGACAGUUUGGGAACAAAAAAAAAAUUCCGAGAGACCAGACGGGAGGUGGGGUGGGGUAUCACAGGGCGGGAUUUAAAAACCUGCUGAAGGAGCUUCCGCGGCAGUUGUGAACUGGUGAAUGUGCAGAGCUGAGACCCUCAAACACAAACAUUGCCUUAAUGCCGAGUAACAGAGCCAGAAUAGACUACGGUAGGAUGCAGAAGGUGCAGCAGAUUUUGUCAGAAUUUCACCUCGAGAAAGAGGAGCUGCUGGAAGUAAUGCGGAGAAUACAGCAGGAAAUGGAGAAAGGUCUGCGGCUUGAAACUCAUAAAACAGCCAGUGUCAAGAUGCUGCCUACUUACGUACGUUCUACACCAGAUGGCUCAGAGGUGGGUGAUUUCCUGGCACUGGAUCUGGGAGGCACAAAUUUCCGCGUGAUGCUGGUGAAAGUAGGCGAAGAUGAGAACCGAAGUUGGAAAAUUAUAACCAGUAACCAGAGGUACUCCAUUCCAAUUGCUGUCAUGACUGGCACGGCAGAAAUGCUCUUUGAUUACAUUGCGUUGUGUAUCUCCAACUUCCUGGACCAACACAACAUGAAAGACAAGAAGCUGCCACUGGGAUUCACAUUCUCAUUUCCCGUCCGUCAUGAGGAUAUUGACAAGGGGAUCCUUUUGAACUGGACUAAAGGGUUUAAAGCAUCCGGAGCUGAGGGGAACAAUGUGGUGGGGUUGCUUCGUGAUGCAAUUAAAAGGCGAGGGGAUUUUGAAAUGGAUGUGGUGGCCAUGGUGAAUGAUACUGUUGCAACAAUGAUCUCUUGUUAUUAUGAAGACCACAGUUGUGAGGUUGGAAUGAUCGUAGGCACUGGCUGUAAUGCCUGUUACAUGGAGGAAUUGAAAAAUGUGGAAUUAGUGGAAGGAGAAGAAGGAAGAAUGUGCGUGAACACUGAAUGGGGGGGUUUUGGAGACACGGGUGAGCUCGAGGAGUUCCGUCUUGAAUACGACUGUAUUGUUGAUGAGACGUCUAACAAUCCAGGUUAUCAUCUAUAUGAAAAGAUUAUUGGUGGGAAAUACAUGGGUGAGCUAACACGACUUGUGCUGCUGAAACUGGUGAAUCAAAACCUGCUCUUCAAUGGCGAGGCAUCCCAGCUGCUGAAAACACAAGGCAGCUUUGAAACAAGAUUCCUCUCACUAAUAGAAAGUGACACAGGGGACCAGAAGCAGAUCUAUAAUGUCCUGACAAAACUAGGUGUGUUGCCAUCCAAAGCAGACUGCGAUAUUGUCCAUUUGGUAUGUGAGAGUGUUUCAACACGGGCAGCACAUAUAUGUGCUGCUGGAUUAGCAGGUGUUAUAAACCGAAUGUGGGAGAACAAGCACAAGGAAACAAUGAAGAUUACAGUUGGAAUUGAUGGAUCUGUUUACAAGUUUCAUCCUCACUUCAAACAUAGGUUUCACAAAAUGGUGAAAGAACUUGCACCUCCCUGUGACAUCACUUUUCUACAGUCUGAUGAAGGCAGUGGUCGAGGUGCAGCAUUAAUCUCCGCAGUUGCAAGAAGGAUGGCCAGCUGAUUGACCAGUAACAUUGGAAAUCUUGAAUAAUUUAACCGAAGUUAAAUGAUAAAUUUCAGAAUCCCUUUGGUGAUUCUGCAGUAUUUUCUGAUAAACUGAAAAUUAUGACUUCUAUAUGGAUCGCUGGUGAAAAUACUUCAGUCCGUCCACUUAUGAUAAAAGCAUGGCAUGUAAUGUCCCUUGGAAAACUUGUAAUAAGCUGCAGAUGGAAAACCCAAGCUCUAGUUUCAAAAUAUGUUUCAACAAGUUACUCACUCUGCUGUCAGUAAGGUUCGUGUUCUGGACAAAGUCCAACUCCCCCAAUAGAUCUCCUCGUAUUCGGAAUGUUUUCAUCAACCUGAAGCAUGACUUCAAGAAUUUGUGUUGAAAAUCACUUGUUUUUUUUCCUUGUAUUUUCACUAAACUGAGGCAAUACAGGUUAGAUUAGUGCCGCAGAUAAAAUUUGAGUGAUUGCUAUCUAUUAAUUGAUGCAAGGUUGCAGGUCACUUUCUUGAACUCUGACUUUCCUGUUUUUCUUUUUCAUAUUUUCUUGUUACUUGCACAAGUUGUGGAGCUGCAGGCUUAGCCCUUUGUAGAAUGAUUUCAAUGCCUAGUGAUUACCAGCCUUUGCAAUGUUAAAAACUACAUAAUAUCAAUCUUCUGAAUAAUUAAUGUCAUCAAGUGUUCAUUUUCUUUUGAUUUUAUAGAUUGUUAAUUCUGUGGCAAGGUCUGUUCAUAAAACAAAGCUUUUUUUUCAGAAGUCCAAUAAAAAGCAUGUUGUACAAAGUUUUAUGACAAAGAAUUCUGUUGGGAUAUUAACCGUCGAAAUUAACAUCUUUUCCCUGAAGCCUGCGCUUAUUCUUGUGACCUUGGUUUCCAUAUUACCAGAUAAACCUUUGAAAGCCAUGUUUGAAUUGAACUGGCAAUCAUACAUGAGUCGAUGCUGGUGAUAGAUAUUCUUAAUCGAUCUGUUCAAACAUGAUGUAACAGAAUUCUGGAGCAGGUGGGACUUGAAGUCAGAUAUUUUGGCCCAGAGGUGGGGACACUACCAAUGUGCCACACUCCUCAAUGAAAGGAGCUGAUCGCAGCUCCUGACUGCAUUAUACUUUAAAGGUAAUUUCUCUGAAGGAACAAAUCUUCAUGUUUCGCAACUAUUCAGAAAGUUGCUGCAGAGUGCACCACCUCAAUGAAUUCAUACACUGGAGAAAUUAGCAGCAAACUGUUGUAAUUUGUUCUUAAAAAAAAGUUGAUUUACAGAGUUAGGGUUACAUGACUUUCAAGGAAGUCAAUGCAGAAAAAAAAUUCAAUUUUUAAUUAUUUUACUUGGCUUUUUUUCAGGCCCCAGCAGUUUGGAUAAAUUGAAGAAUUUAUCCAAAAUUAGAUUAUUCUGAUUUUUAUUGUUCAAACACCAUUUAAUUAAUAUUCAGUAUGUAAUGUUACUGCAGCCAAAAUUAAUUUUUAAUCUUCAUUUUAAUUCUUCUUAAUGCAAACCAUUUGUAAUUACAAAUCUCAGAUGUGUACAGCUGAAAAUAUUCCUUGUUAUGUUUUGCAAUGACUGUAACACUUCCAUUGCUCUGUCCGAUGACAACCAAAGAAUAUAAAUACAGUGUAAUUCAUUUUACCUUUUAAAAUAUUAUGAUAGCUGAAGUACAAAAAAUAAAUACU